UGGGCGUACGAGGCCAUUUUGGAGGUUGGCAAGAGGUAUGGCACGAACCACGGGAUUCGGUUCCCCAGGAUGCUUAGCUGGACGAGCAAAGGCGAUAUUGGGAAGAAAGACGUCAGCGCAUUAUUUUCUAGACGGAAUCUGGAAGUGGUGAAGGGGCUACUUCCACGGACAGAGGAGGAGGCAUUUGUGAGGACAAUAUCUUACGAUGGUGUGGAGAACCUGGUUGAUGAUGCUGUGGAUGACACAGAGGCUGAGGCAGGUAGUCAGGUACCAGAGACUCAGGUCCCAGACACUCAGGAAAGAGACACUCAGGCCACUGCUUCAGAACCUCAGCCCAGUGCACCAUCUGCAUCAGGCGUUCGGGGUGCCGAGUACACUGAUUUAGUGGCUCGGUUGGAUAGGAUCGAGGGUGACACUCAGGGUCUGUAUGCUGCUCAUGUCGAGCUGAAGAAGGCAUACGAGACCAGCCAUGUAGAGCUGAAGGGUGGUCAGAACGUAAUUAUGGAGCAGCUCAGACACAUAUUGGCCAUGUUGAAUCGUCCGCCAACGACAGCUUCAGCACCGGAGGCCCCAGCAGAUCCAUCUACCCCACCACCACCGCUUCACCCCGCAGAAGAGGAUGAGGUCUUCCCCGACGAUUACGAUCCUUAUGAGGGAGCUCCGGCGACUCCGAUCGAGGCACAACCUCUUAUCCAUGUACAUGACACCGAGUCGCGAGGGUGA